CAGUCAUGUUAAGUAGAAGUGGCUUCAUUUUAUUUUAACUUAAUCUGGUCAGUGUUUAACGUGGCUGUCACAAGGAGAGCAAAGCACCUUGAACAGAGGCUACACCAAGGCCAUCUGCAGACUCUUGUAAAGCGGAUGUAAUCAGCUGAGGAUAAUCAAGACUUUGUGUUGCUUCUGAAAGAUUUGCUUCUCGUGCCGUGCCACAUUAGCCAGGGAAACGCAGAAGACAGCAAGCGUGUCAUCUGUCCCCCUCCUUCUAAGGGUGAAAUUCUCUGGUGCGGCAACAAAACAACACUCAGAUGAAUGCCAGGAAACCAAAAGACCCAAAGGCCUCAAAAGAAAGAGUGACAGGUGCUAAAAAAGUCACUUUCAAUGCAGCAGGAAGAGAAGAAAGGGCUGCCUCUAAAUCUAAGCCAUCCCCAGAUGCUCCUGCUGCUGGCGGUUACUCACCUUCCAAGCUUCAGAUGGGCGUAGAAACCACAAGAGCUUCAGAAGCCACAACUUCUGACCCAGCCACUGUCAGCCUGAGGGGCCUUCUAGCCGCCCAGAGACUCACUAAGGAAUUUAAGAACCGAGCCACUAUGAAAAACAAGUCAAGACUCCAGAUCUCUCGUCACAAGCCCAUCACCAUCAUCAGUGAGAAGAUUCCAGUCUCGUCUGCAAUACCGAAAGAGAAAUUCUCUUGUGGCAGAGCAGAAGAGCUGCUAAGGGAAUAUUUACCAACCAAACUCACCAACGUUACUUAUGAGCCUGCAAAAUGUGCCAGCCUCACUAUUGCUUUAAGUGAAGAAAUAAAACACUUGGUCAAGCAAGUCACUCCUCCUCGGUAUAAGUUAGUUGUCAACGUCACCAUUGGAAACAAAAGCAAAGAUGAGACUGUGGAUAUAGUGGUGACUAGCCAGUGUCUGUGGGACCCUCAUUCAGAUAAUUUCACAUCCUCCCAGUAUGUGAAUGAGACACUUUAUUGUGUUGUUUUGGUUCAUGCUGUUUAUUUCGAGUAA